AUGGCAGCUUCAGCUCAGACUGACUCAGGCCACACCAGCAUCUCAGCUCAGACUGGUUCUGGCCACACCAGCAUCUCAGCUCAGACUGGUUCUGGCCACACCAGCAUCUCAGCUCAGACAGGGGCUUCAGUUAAUGCUCCUGAACUCACUGGCAACACAUUUUAUGGUCCAGUGCAUUUAAUCAGUGUCACCACUCCUCACUCUAUGCAAGAAGAUGCACAAGAGCAUUCGGUCAAAACAAACCUAAAGCACAGCCUUAAAGUGAAAUAUGGCUCGAUUCAUGAAGGAAACCCUGCGACAGACUUGAAGGAUGAAUGUAAGCUCCUAAAUGCCAUCUACACCGAUCUCUACAUAGUGAAGGGAGGAACAGGAGGAGUUUGUAAUGAACAUGAGGUAAGACAGGCUGAAGCAGCAUGCAGGAGACAUGACGAAGAGGAAAUUCCAGUCAAGAUCUCUGACAUCUUUAAAAAUGGACCUGAUCAACAAAAUCACAUCAAAAAAGUUUUGACACUCGGGAUUGCCGGUGUGGGAAAAACCGUCUCAGUGCAGAAGUUCAUUCUAGACUGGGCUGAAGGUGGAAACAACCAGGAUAUAGACUUCAUUUUCCCUAUUCCAUUCCGUAAUUUGAACUUGAUGACAAAACGAGACUGUAGUCUGAUGGAACUGCUUCACCGAUGUUUCCCAGACACAGCCUGUAUGAAAUCUCUCCCAUUAGAGAAGAGGAGAAUCAUGUUCAUCUUCGAUGGCCUCGACGAAAGCCGACUUCCUCUGAAAUUCUCAGAAAAUGAAAUAGUGAGUAACAUUAUGGAAGAAACCUCAGUGGAUCUUCUGAUCACAAACCUUAUUAAGGAGGAAAUGCUGCCUUCAGCUCUCAUUUGGAUAACCUCCAGACCUGCAGCAGCGGACCAGAUCCCUCGUGAAUACAUCCACCAGGUAACAGAGGUGAGAGGGUUCACAGACAUACAAAAGGAGGAAUACUUCAGGAAAAGAAUCAGUGAUCAGGACCAAGCCGAAAGUAUCAUCUCACAUAUUAAGAAAUCAAGAAGUCUUCACAUCCUGUGUCACAUACCGGUCUUCUGUUGGAUCUCAGCCACUGUGCUCAAAAAGAUGUUGGGUGAAUAUGACAAUGGAGAUAUACCCAAAACUCUAACUGAGAUGUACAUACGUUUUCUACUCUUUCAAUCAAAAAUGAUGGAAAAGAAAUAUAAAGAGGCAGAAUCAGGGAUACUGAAGCUUGCUGAACUUGCAUUUCAUCAGCUGGAAAAGGGGAACCUGCUGUUUUAUGAGGAGGACCUCAGCGAGUGUGGCAUUGAUGUCAGACAAGCUUCAGUCUAUUCGGGAUUUUGCACACAGAUUUUUAAAGAGGAGGAGGAGGUUUUCAGCUUUGUGCAUCUGAGUGUUCAAGAAUGUCUUGCUGCUGUUCAUGUGUUCCUCUCAUUCCUUGAAAGCAAGAGUAAUCCACUGCUUCACAGUUCAGCAGAGAAACUGCAAUGGCUGUUGAGGCACAACAUGUGUGACCUCCACAAGACUGCGGUAAAAAGAACGUUACAGAGUAGGACUGGUCACCUGGACCUUUUCCUCCGCUUCCUCCUUGGCCUUUCACUGGAGUCUAAUCAGAGGAACCUUAAGAAACUGCUACCACACGUGAAGAUCAGACCAGAGAGUGUGAAGGAAACAGUAGAGUACAUCAAGAGGAAACUCAAUGAGGAUAUCUCAUCAGAGAGGAGCAUCAAUCUUCUCUAUUGUCUGAGUGAGCUGAAAGAUGACUCACUCUUGUCUGAAAUCCAGAAGCUUCUGAGCUCAGGAAAUUUCUUACUGAAGAAACUCUCAUCUGCCCAGUGGUCAGCUCUGGUGUUUGUCCUGCAGAUGUCAGAGGAGACUCAGGAAAAAUUUGAACUGAUGAAAUACAGAGGAUCAGAUGAAGGCCUUAAGAGACUUCUACCUGUGGUGAAAAACACCAAACGAGCUUUGUUGUCUUACUGUAGACUCACUGAACAGUCCUGUGAAACUGUAGCUUCAGUUCUACAGUCAGCAAACUGUCCCCUGAGAGAACUGGACCUGAGUAACAAUGACCUUCAGGAUUCAGGAGUGAAGCUGCUCUUUGCUGGACUGGAGGGUCCACAAUUUAAACUGGAGGUACUCAGGCUUGCUGGUUGUAAAAUCAGUGAGAACUCCUUGGAAACUAUGGUCUCAGCUCUACAGUCAGCAAACUUCCCCUUGAUGGAGCUGGACCUGAGUAACAACGACCUUCAGGAUUCAGGAAUGAAGCUGCUCUCUGCUGGACUGGAGAGUUCGCACUGUAAACUGGAAAUACUGAGACUUGCUAUUUGCAAACUAACUGAACAAUCCUGUGGAGUUGCAGUCUUAGCUCUACGGUCAGCAAACUGUCCCCUGAGAGAACUGGACCUGAGUAACAAUGACCUUCAGGAUUCAGGAGUGAAGCUGCUCUUUGCUGGACUGGAGGAUCCACACUGUAAACUGGAGAUACUGAGACUUGCUGGUUGUAAACUCACUGAGAGGUCCUGUUCAUCUGUGGCCUCAGUUCUACAGUCAGCAAACUGCCCCCUGAGAGAACUGGACCUGAGUAACAAUGACCUUCAGGAUUCAGGAGUGAGGCUGAUCUUUGCUGGACUGGAGAAUCCACACAGUAAACUGGAGAUACUGAAACUUGCUGGCUGUAAUCUCACUGAGAGGUCUUGUUUAUCUGUAGCCUCAAAUCUACAGUCGACAAACUGCGCCCUGAAAGAGCUAGGCCUGAGUUACAAUGACCUUCAGGAUUCAGAAGUGAAGCUGCUCUUUGCUGGACUGAAGAAUCCACACUGUAAACUGGAGACGCUCAGACUUGCUGGCUGUAAACUCACUGAACAGUCCUGUGAAGCUGUAGCCUCAGUUCUACAGUCAGUAAACUGUCCCCUGAGAGAACUGGAUCUGAGGAACAAUGACCUUCAGGAUUCAGGAGUGAAGUUGCUCUGUGUGGGACUGAAGAAUCCACAGUGUAAAAUGGAGAUUCUGAGAGUUGCUGGCUGUAAACUCAGUGAGAAGUCUUGUGAAACAGUGGCUUCAGUCCUAAAGUCAGCAAACUGUCUCCUGAGAGAGGUCGACCUGAGUAACAAUGACCUUCACGAUUCAGGAGUGAAGCUACUCUCUGCUGGACUGGAGAAUCCACACUGUAAACUGGAAAUACUGAAGUUAUCUGGCUGUUUAGUGACAGAGGAAGGCUGUUCUUCUCUGGCUUCAGCUCUGAGAUCAAACCCCUCACACCUGAGAAAGUUGGAUCUGAGCUACAAUCACCCGGGAGAUUCAGGAAUGAAGCUGCUCUCUGCUAAACUGGGGGAACCAAACUGUGAACUGGGAAUGCUCAAUGUGGAGCAUGGAGGAGAACUCAGGAUGAAACCAGGACUACGAAAAUAUGCCUGUAAACUCACGCUGGACCCAAAUACAGCAAACAGACAUCUCUCUCUCUCUGAGGGGAACAGAAAGGUGGCUUGUGUAACAGAGCAGUCGUAUCCUGAUCAUCCAGAAAGAUUCGAGGAAUUAUCUGUGGUGCUGUGUAGAGAGAAUCUGACUGGGCGCUGUUACUGGGAAGUUGACAUCAGUGGGUGUAUAGCAAUCGGAGUGACUUAUAAAGGAAUUGGUAGAAAAGGAAAAGGUCGUGACUGUAGGUUUGGAUUCAAUGACAAGAGCUGGUCUCUGUUCUGCUUUAAAGACAGAUACAGUGCUUGGCACAACAAUCACAGAACUUUCAAAGGCAAACCUUCCUUAUAUUCUGAAAGAGUAGGAGUGUAUCUGGACUGGCCAGCUGGGACCCUGUCCUUCUACAACGUCUCCUCUGACACACACACACUCACACACAUACACACAUUCCACUCCACAUUCACUGAACCCCUUUAUGCAGGGUUCAGGCUGUGGCGUAUAUAUUUCAAUGACUCUUCUUUGACUCUGUGGAAGACAGAAUAG